AUGUUGCGAUUUGUUAUACUUUGCCUAACGCUGACCUCGGUCCUCGUCAAUAUCCAAGACGUAGGAGCCGUAGAUGCAGGAGGAGCUUUAGACGCGGUUAAUAAUUUAGCAGCCGUAGGAGCUGUGACAUCGCCUUGCCAAAACGGUGGAGCCUGGUCUAGCACUUGCCCAGCUUUACCUAAGCCCUACCUGAUCGAUAUGAACCUGAGCCUUCGCAAUUUCGUGGUGGCUGCCCACAAUGCCCGACGCAAUCGUCUAGCACUGGGAGAGUUGCCUGGUUAUGGCCCGGCACGUCGCAUGGCCUUCAUGCGCUGGGACGCUGAUCUGGCCAGCCGCGCCGAGCUGAAUGUGAAACAGUGCCAGCGCCUGAGGGAUAACUGCCACAACACGGCACGAUUCCGCAACAGUGGCCAGAACAUAGCCUACUUUGCCUACAAUGAGGCCCAAACGGGUGUCAGGACGGAUCAGUAUCUGCUGAGGCAGGCUGUUUCUAAUUGGUGGAUCGAGUACGAGAAUGCCAAUAUGGCUGUCAUCAAUAGCUAUCCCACAAACUGGGCUGGGAGCUCGAUUGACCGCUUUGCCGUGAUGGCUCAGCAGCAGCAAAUUGCCGUCGGCUGUGCCGCAUCCCGCUUCGUAAAGAAUAAUCUGAAGCACUUCCUCGUCACGUGCAACUAUGCCGUCGACAAUGUCGUCGGCAAACCGGUCUACGUGAAUGGUCCAGUGGGCGCUGACUGCCAGACGGGCAUGAAUAUCAACUAUCCUGGCCUCUGCAAGAUUACCGAGAAUUAUAAUAUAUAA